UCUUAAUUUCUACUAGAAAGAUGAUGAAGAGUAGGCAAUUGUGUCUAUACAAGUCAAAUUAAAAUUUUCAAAAAAAUAGAGAAGUAAGCUGGCCUGGCGAAGAAGGGUAUGAUAAUGGAGGAGAAAUGUAGCGUGUUUCGGUGCAGGGUGGUCGUCAUCGUCUUCCUCCUCGUGCCGUUGAUCCAUUGCAGCGUCGUCAACUAUGAUCGGAAGGCCAUCGUCAUAAAUGGCCGCCGGAGGUUACUCAUCUCCGGCUCCAUUCACUAUCCCCGAAGUACCCCUGAGAUGUGGGAAGAUCUUAUCAUCAAAGCUAAAGAAGGAGGGUUGGAUGUGAUCGAGACCUACGUUUUCUGGAACGUUCACGAACCUUCCCAGGGCAAUUAUAACUUUGAAGGGAGAAAUGACUUGGUGAGGUUCGUGAAGACGAUCCAGAAGGCCGGGCUUUAUGCCCAUCUUCGCAUCGGGCCAUAUGUUUGCGCCGAAUGGAAUUUCGGAGGUUUUCCCGUGUGGCUUAAGUAUGUUCCCGGCAUUAGCUUCAGAACGGAUAACGAGCCCUUCAAGGUGGCCAUGAAAGAAUUCACGGAGAAAAUUGUGAAUUUGAUGAAGAUGAAUGAGCUGUUUGCAUCUCAAGGAGGCCCAAUUAUUCUAACACAGAUUGAGAAUGAGUAUGGGAACCAAGGGAAGGCACUUGGGCCUGUAGGGUAUCAGUAUGCUCAUUGGGCCGCAAAUAUGGCCCUCCAAACGGGCACUGGUGUCCCCUGGGUGAUGUGCAAGCAAGAAGAUGCCCCUGAUCCUGUGAUCAACACAUGCAAUGGUUUCUAUUGUGAUGCAUUCUUCCCCAACAGGCCUUACAAGCCCACAAUAUGGACUGAAAAUUGGACUGGUUGGUUUUCUGUAUUUGGUGGUGCACGAUACGAGCGGCGAGUUGAAGACAUCGCAUUUGCAGUUGCCAAUUUCAUGCAAAAAGGAGGUUCAUUUGUUAACUACUACAUGUACCAUGGAGGAACCAACUUUGGACGCACUGCGGGAGGUCCUUUUAUCACUACGAGCUAUGACUUUGAUGCUCCGCUCGACGAGUACGGGUUGAUCAGGCAGCCAAAGUAUGGCCACUUGAAGGAGCUUCACAGAGCCGUUAAGCUAUGCGAAGGAGCAUUGGUCUCGUCAGAUCCUACCGUGACAUCUUUAGGACCCUUCCAACAGGCUCAUACGUAUGCUUGGGCUUCAGGAGGCUGUGCGGCGUUUCUCUCAAACUACGACACAGACUCCUCCGUGACGGUGACUUUUAACAAUGUGAAGUAUAAGUUGCCACCUUGGUCCAUCAGCAUUCUCCCUGACUGCAGGACUGUAGUCUUUAACACUGCACAAGUUGGGGCACAAACAUCAGAAAUGGGAAUGUUACCAACAGAUGCAGAAAUGUCACCAUGGGAAUUUUACAGUGAAGAUGUAAAUUCCAUUGGGGUCUCCAAAUCAUUCACAGCCUAUGGCCUCUUGGAUCAAAUCAAUGUUACUAGGGACGCUAGUGAUUAUUUGUGGUACACAACCACAGUGGACAUCCCAUCAUCAAAGUCAUUUCUGCACAAUGGAGAGCUCCCAACUCUUUUGGUUCAAUCAGAAGGGCAUGCUCUUAUUGUGUUUGUCAAUGGACAACUCUCAGGUUCUGCCUCAGGCACCAGGGAACAUAAGAAGUUCGUCUUUAGCGGAAAGGUCAAACUCCGUGCCGGAAAAAAUCGGAUUGCACUGCUCAGUGUGGCUGUUGGACUUCCGAAUAUUGGUACCCAUUUUGAGGAAUGGGACACUGGGAUAUUGGGGGCUGUUGCAAUAUAUGGACUAGACAAUGGAAAAUGGGACUUGUCCCAUGGAAGAUGGACAUACCAGAUAGGGCUCGCCGGAGAAGCCAUGGAGCUUUAUUCUCCUCCCUAUGUCAACUCUGUCCGGUGGCGGAGAGUGGCAUCAACGAACAAAAAGCAUAACGCCCUAACGUGGUACAAGUCGUAUUUCAACGAACCCGAGGGAGACGAACCACUGAGUUUGAACAUGCGUAGCAUGGGGAAAGGUCAGGUGUGGAUCAAUGGUCAGAGCAUCGGUCGAUACUGGACCACCAAGGCCACCGGAAAUUGCACGGCAAACAACGGCGAUUAUGCGGGACGGUAUAAGCCUCUAAAGAACCAAGUUGGAUGUGGUUAUCCAACUCAACAAUUUUACCAUGUGCCUAGAUCUUGGUUGAGACCAAGAGGGAACCUUUUGGUGGUGUUUGAGGAACACAGAGGAGACCCAUCAAGAAUUGCUAUGGUGAAGAGAUCAGUAAGGAGUGUUUGUGCAGACGUUUCUGAAUUUCAACCAAAUGUAAGAAACCUGCAGAUUGAGAGAUCGGGUAAUAAAGAAAAAUUUCGCAAAGCCAAACUAAAAUGCGGGCCCUGCCAGUAUAUCUCCUCCAUCAAAUUUGCAAGCUUUGGAACGCCAUUCGGAACCUGUGGGAAAUUCUCCCAUGGACCUUGCCAUGCUCCUAACUCUUACACCAUCUUAAAGAAGGAAUGUGUGGGAAAAGCAAGUUGUUCAGUGACAGUGGGAAACUGGAUAUUUGGAGACCCAUGCAGUGAUAUGUUGAAGCGUUUGAAAGUGGAAGCAAUUUGCAGCACAACCCAAUGAGAUAUGUUUGAAGGGGUCCAAAAAUGUACAAUUUUCAAUACAUACAUACACAAAAGGAGAAAGAUGAGAAUGAAAAAGAGUAUAGUGAGGUUGAGACUUUAAUGGGAGUAUAUACGGAGUAUAUUAUUAUUGAAUUAAUCUCUUUUAGUUCAUUUU